AUGGGGCAAGAACAAGACGUGUUUAGACGUUUAGUCUUUAGUGUGAAAAUCCAGAGAAUUCGCAAUCCACUGGAAAUACGCCAUUUAUAUCGGGUGACCAAUAUGAUCAACGUCAAGCUAGCUAUGAUGAAGAUGGUUACRCGGACUCUGGAGCUGAAUGAGACUCGUGCGUUUCUCAAUGACACUCGGUAUGUCUUCGAUCUUGUUUUGAYUGAAUGCUGGUACAGUGACAUUUAUCUGGCGGUAGGCCACAGAUAUUCCGCUCCGGUGGUGUGCCUGAGUCCGAUGGCACCAUCAGUGACGCUUAGCCAAACACUGGACGUGCCGGACCAUCCCGCGUACGUGCCGUCGUUGUGGCUUCGGUACUCCGACUCAAUGUCAUUCGGCGAACGGCUGUACAACUCGGUUAUCGCUGCCGCCGAGCUGAUCGCGUCCGAGGUAGUUUUCCGGUCUACGGAUCAGCAGAUGCUGGACGAUCUGUACACGUACCCCGGACACCGGAACUGCCCGCCGCUGGAUGUACUCCGCAAUGCUGUUCAGCUUACGUUGGUCAACGGCCACCACUCCGUGUCGUACGCCAGGCCUUAUUCGCCUAACGUGGUGCAAGUGGCCGGCAUGCACAUGCAGCCGCAGACGUCUACUGCCGUUGACCGGAAAUUCAAAUCACUCUUGGACGGUGCAACCCAUGGAGCGAUCUACUUCAGUUUCGGAUCGAACAUAAAAAUGUCGGACCUUGGAGAACACGAAGUCCAGGCAUUUGUCGAAUCGUUCAGGAAACUCAAGCAAAUCGUGCUAUGGAAAUGGGAAAACGGCACUAUUGCUAACCUACCCGACAACGUGUACAUCGAUAAAUGGUUUCCACAACAAUACAUCUUGAAUGCAAAUAAACACUGCUUGGUUAUGAGACCAUCUAUAUACUUAUGA